AUGCCAGACUCGCCCAGCCAAGUUGGCCUCGACGGCCUCGAUCGCCUCUCCGCGCUCGCGCUGCUCGGCGAGUCCGACGUCGCCUGCUCCUCGGACGCGCCGUCGGACGUGCGCCGCCUCUGGCACCUCAUGGCUCGCGGCGCGUUCGACUGCGUGCUGCGCGAGCCGCUCGCUCACUCGCUGCUGGGAGAGGUGGACGAGAAGCAGGCGCUCGACGUCGAUGCGUGUGCCUCACGCGUGCGUGCUCACCUGCGCUCACACCCGACCGCGGCAGCGGCAGCCGCGGUGACGUGGAUCGGCGCCUCCGCGCUCUGCCGAUUUGUGCAGCUCAACUGGACGAGCACACGGCUGUGGCCGGCCCAUUCGCUGGCCGAAAACGGGGCACCGGCGUUGGCCGCGCUGCAGGCCGACGGUGAGGAUGUCUACGUGAUGCUCCGCUCGCCCGCGCUGCUGCUCGCGGCGCGCGCGCUGCUGCUCGCGCCGCUGCCGCAGCUGCGGGAGGCGGCGGCAGGCGAGGCGGGCGAGGCGGCGCCCGCGAGUCGCGCCGGCCUCGUCGCGGGCGCGUGCGACUGGUGGGCGGCGAGGACGGCGGCGGUGCACCAGCGCUGCCUGGUUGGCUCUGCGACGGCUCCGACCCUCUCUGCGAGGCGGGCGCUGCUUCCGGCGACAGGACAGGUCGGUGACCCGUCCGGCGACGUCGGAUAG